UACAUACCUGUGAAAAACGGGGCAGAAGGUCUUGUAACUAUGUGCAUAUUAGUUUGAAAAGGACUUUCUGAUUUGAACGUCAGUGUAACUUGUUAGUGUUGAUCAAAACCAAUUACAUAAGCUGAUUUUAGUGAUGUAGAUGCUUAUUGUAAUCGCACAUGAUUUUCUUGACAAGAAGCUCCUUUACUACAUGGUUUUACAUUACUACAAUAUAUUACAUUAUGUUCAUGUUUUUCUUUCUUUGGAAGAAAGUUCCUGUGGAAAGGAAAUGGGAACCAAACUUUGAAAUCUAAAAUAAGGACUAAACUCCUUUUCAUUUACUUUUCUGCCCUUUGAGAUGCCAGAAGCAAUUUCCUCUUGAAGCUGACUUCCUUUCUGGAAAUGAUUUUCGUCUCCAACCAUGUUGAGGCUCUUUUCUCAUUCUUUCAUUCUGACUAACGUGUUUUUUUUCCCUCUGACUUGCUGCUGCAUUUGAGUAGUAUUUCUGGAGCAGAUCUCGUUGCUCCCCCCUCCUUUUCCUGUGAUUUAAUCAUUUGCAGAUCUUGCCAUGGGGUGCGGACUGAGAAAGCUGGAAGACCCAGAUGAUAGCAGCCCUGGAAAAAUUUUUUCUACAUUGAAGAGACCACAAGUUGAAACAAAGACGGAUUAUGCUUAUGAAUAUGUAUUGCUGGAUUUUACUUUAGAAGCUUCCUCAAAUCCUGAAGUUAUCAAAAUCAGUUCUGUGUUGGAUAUAGCAUCGAAGGUGGAAGAAUAUUACAACAAAGGAUAUGUUGUAGGAGCUAUUCAUCCUAUUCUACUGCCAAUUGGACGUAGAAGGAAUUUCCCUGCAAGUCAUAUGUAUCGGGUGGUACUUUCAAGAUUAAAAUUAAGCCAGAAGCAUGCAGCACCCAGAGGACAAAGGCACCCCAGGCUGGUGAUUGAGGAAUGUCCUUUAACAUAUGAAACACUGACAAAUGAGGUAGUAAAAGAACUUUUAGAAAAGGUUAAUGAAGCAGCUAAAAGAGGAAAGAAGUUUGUGGGCUUUGUAACACAACAUUUUCCUCAACCUAAAGCCUGUAAUGGAGCAAGCACAGAUGGAAGUGCAGAGCUGGAAUCAACAUUGUGCAGAAGACAGAGGGAACCCAGAAGAAGAUUCUCUGAUGAAGACUACAAAAACUGGAAUGAAAGGUCACUGUGUGGUCACUCAUCUGAGAGUGGGAAUGAAGAGGAAAUGCAAGCAGAGAGUGGACUGUUACAGGAUGCAGAUUUCCAGUUUGGAAAAGAAGUCAAUCCUAUUAAGCCACAAGAAGGAGACGACAAGCUGUAUACAGUCUUCAAUGUUUUUGAUGAUGACUCUACCUGCUGGACCUAUCACGAGGGCAUCUUGUCCAUGAAAGUAACAAGAAAGGGACCAGUUAUUAGUACACUGGAAGCAGACUGGCUAGAACUAACUACAUUUUAUUAUAAACAAGGAUUGUCCUUAACCGAUUCUUUUGUACACUGGGAAACUUCUAAAGGUGAUUAUUUGCCCAAAUCUUUAGAAGGAAUAUUUAUCUAUGAAGAAGAAGGUGCUGGGGUUCCAGGUUCUAACAGGAAAGGAAAUGAUGCAAUAGUAGUUGAACAAUGGACAGUUAUUGAGGGGUGUGAAAUUAAAACAGAUUAUGGACCUUUAUUGCACACACUGGCUGAGUUUGGAUGGCUCCUGACCUGUGUCCUGCCUACACCUAUUGUUCGACAUGACAGUGAAGGAAACCUGGCCACAAAGCAAGUUGUUUUUCUUCAGAGACCUGUUAUAUGGAAUUCUGCUGUCCAGACGCCAGAGAAGAAAUCCCUAAGGCAAGUUAUUGUGGAGGAAAAAGGCAAAGUUGGUAGCAGAAGUGUUGGAUUAGACACAGCUACGUCUCGCCCUGUAGAAAUUGGACAACCACCUGAUGAGUUUCAUCUGUCGCCUUCUAAACAAUGUUGGAUCAAAGAGGCUUCCUCCCAGUAUGGAGGCUUUUCCGGAUUCAGUAGCAGUGAUGGAGUAUUAAGGGAACUGGAUGAUGGACAAUUUGACCAGGAAGAUGGAGUCACUCAGGUCACAUGUAUGUGAUGAAGUAAGUAACUGCAUCAGAUGGACAUGUACAUAAUUCACACAAAUGUAAAACAAACCAAGUCCAUGCUCCUUUAAAUGCAUUGAUAUAAUCCUAUGACUUUUCCUAGACUUAUUUUGUAUUUUUAUCUGUUGUGUUAACCCUACUGUAGUAAUAAUACUACUGCAAAAUGCUUUGGCUUCCUGUCUCUCUUUCAUAGAAUAACUACCUGACUGGGUGCUCUGCUAAUGUCUGUUCAUCUUCUUUGGCAAACAAGGAAGCAAAUGCUGCAAAACAAUGACAGUUUGUGUUCUGUAGGAAAGAAAGGAAUGUGGAUGUUUGGUGUUCUCCGCAAGCUGAAGGAGCGGGGUUUGUUUGUUUGUUUGUUUUUUCCCACAAGGGUAUUGUAAAUAUUGGGGGGGGGGGGGGGAUUAAAUCUCUCAAUAUUGUUAAGUUUUAAUGUGAUUUUCAGUUUACUUGCCUUGUCUAAGCUCAAAAGCCUAGAGAAAUGCAAGUCAUAUGCUAGACAGUUAAUAAUUUAAGCUGCAUUCAGACCUGGUAUGUACAGAAGAACUCUGGAGGCUCCUGUAAUACUAUCUCACCUCUGCGGCAUUUACCAGGGUUCCAUGUACACGUAAGCCAAAAGUUACCCCAGCAUUUAGCUUUGUGUAUAUAUAGAAAAAAUUACUCGUGAGGAAAUGAAGAGCCUCUCACCUUCCAAAAGGUAAUUCGCUUUCUAUGAAAAAGUAGUUUGAGAAACAGUAAGAAGCACCGACAGCCAGGUGCACAAUGAUGCUAAUAAUAUACAGGGGGAAGAAGUAGACAAAAUGUAAUAUUAGAUGAGAGACUUUUUACAAAUAUGCUGAUGUAUAUGCAAAAUAAAAUAUCUAGUGGGAUAUACAAUUAACAGAAAAAUUAUACCCAAUUGCAUCAAAUAGCAGAAACACUAUUCAGAGGAAAGACUGGAGCUCUUUGGCUUCUGUCCUCACUGUGGGGAGGAGUGAAGACAGGCUUCUGGGAGAAGAGGCAUGUACAGGAAUUAUUUUUAUGGUGCUAUCUUGAAAUUAUGUCUGGCAAUAAUAGUUCAGCUUCCAUCUAAGCUGAUCUACCACAGUAGCUGGGAAACAAAAGCCACGGGAAAAGAAAUUCUACUUUUUUUUUUCUUUUUUUCAGAUCAUUGUUGGUAUUUUACAUAAAAUACUGUAACUUAGUUACUGUCUGUAAGAAGCUUUUACUAAGGGAAAUUUCAAAAUUAAAAAUGUAAAAGAGAAGCUAAAGAAAAAUGCAUUUCCAGAAGAUAAAGGUGAUUGUAAAUCUUAAAAAAAUGUAUUUUUGAAGAAGUUUUAGAAGCAAAAACUUCAAGUGCUUGUCACUCUCAAGCUAAGAAAAUAACUUGAUCCAGAUGAAAAAUCAGGACAGAACUGAUCAAUCAUACUCCCAACAUUUCUUUCAAGGUUUGCAGUACAGCAUGCAGUCAAACAGGUAUCAAAAUCACCUGCCUCUGGUGGCAGUGUUCCACCAGCUGCUGUAGAAGUCUCUUUGCCCACAGUGGGAUGAUGGCACCAGCACAGUGGGCACAAGAAUGCAGUGACAGCAAUGCCAGCAACUGACUUGCAGCACCUACAAGAUGAACAGAAUGGGGCAAUUCAGCCUGUGAUCUCCAGGGCAGGGAGCCAUGCAGAACGGACUCUGGCAGGAGCUGCUUAUAACAAUGAGCAAGAAAUAGUUCAUGAAAGAAAAAAAGUUGCACUUGCUGUGAUAAGCAGAAGUAGCAUGAAGCUUUACUACUAUUUCAGUUUAUUUUUACAGGGCCUUAUCCACUUGUAUGAGGUUUGAUUGUUGUACUAGGGGCUUGAAAGGAUGAUGGCUUUGGAGUUGCUUCCCAGUUUCGUGGUAAAAACUGUUGCAGGUUUGUUGUUAAUUUUUCCCUUUGGAAGAGCAAUUCCUAACAACUGUUUGUAGCAGACUUUAUCCCUCUCCUGCUCAGCUUCACCAAACCCUGGUUCUGGAGACACCCUUUAAAUUUAUCUAAUUUUCCUAUUGAACAUUGUUGGAAAGUGCAGCUUCUCUCUUCUCACUAGAAUUUCUUAAG